AUGGAAUCCAAAAAGCAGUGCAAGAUAAUCAUUGCUGGAGGUGGCAUCCACGGGUUGACUCUGGCAAACAUGCUAGAGCAACUCGACAUUGAUUACAUUCUCCUUGAAGCAAGGGGUCAUCCCACUCCCGCUGUUGGUUUCGGCAUAGGCCUGUUUCCUAACACACUACGCAUUCUCGACCAGCUCGGAUUGUACGAGGGCGUCAAAGCCAUCCCUCAAGCAUGGUUAGGCCGAACCACCCUACAUGACUCUGACGGCACUGAAAUCGCCUCAGUCGGAGAUUUUGCUCAGCAUUACAAAAGGAGGUUCGCAUACCCUCUUUUCUUCUUCGAUCGGCGCUGGCUGCUAGAGCUUCUCUACAACAAUCUUAAGCACAAGGACAGAGUUCUCGUCAACAAGGUUGUCCGUCAUGUCAAUCUCAUAUUCGGAGGUGUCGAGGUCAAGACUGCGGAUGGCCAAGUUUACACCGGAACGUUGCUCGUCGGUGCAGAUGGAGUGCAUAGUCGCGUUAGAGACGAGAUGCACCGUCUAGCUAAGGAUACUGAGCCUAGCUACUUCUCGCAGCACGAUGACCCGGAGAGACUGGCCAGUUGUUCAUACAUCUGUAGUUUUGGGGUUUCUCAAAACGUUGACCAUCUCCGCAACGAUGGGAUAAUCAUGGUGCUCGGCACUAACUGGACGCAGCUGCAUCUCCUAGGAUCUGAUAAGAAGGACUAUUUCUUCUUCUUUACUCGGCUCCCCAAGACGAUUUACGGAAGCGAUAUCAAGAAGUAUACUAAGAAAGAUGAGGAGGAGGUCUUUGAAAAAUAUUCAAAGCUUCCAGUUUGUGAACAUGUUGUCUUGGGUGAUGUCUUCUCGAAGAGGCUCAACUCCACGCUGACUCCGCUUCACGAAUAUGUUCGUGAGAAGUGGUUCUUCAAUCGGAUAAUUGUUCUUGGUGAUUCAUGCCAUAAAAACAAUCCGCUUACAGCUCAAGGUGGCAACAACGCAAUUGAAUCAGCUGCGGAGUUCAUAAAUGGCCUCGUAAAAGUCAGAGACUCUCGGCCAGACGGCCUGGAUGAGCUCGGCGAUGGCGACAUCGAGACCAUCUUUCAGCAUGUCCAAUCAGCAAGGCGCGGCCGGGCCAACGAUACCACAAAAAGUGCCCACCUAGGACAGGCCUUGGUUGCCACUGAAUCUUACCCAGCGACUUUCCUUCUACGCAAAUGGCUGGCUCCUGUUGUUUCUGAUGAGCUGAUCCUUAACCUCUUCAGUAUUAUGGUUCCCGGGGGUGCAAGACUUCAGCAUCUGCCAGUGCCCAAGCGGCGCCAUGCGAUUCCUUAUGAUGACGAGGUUCCAGGAAAGCCCUUCAGUAGGCGAGCUUUCAUUAGGGGGUACCUCUUCUCCGUAGGUGCCAUGAUGUAUUUGAUCUGGAUCUCACCUCGGGUCUGGCCUAUCGUGUCUGAUCCUCAGUCCUUGGUUGGCCAGACCGCUGGAUCGCUCACAUCUGCCUUUGUGGUGGCAAUCCCAGACCACGACUUAGGUUCUAGACUUUCUUUCAUUUACUUCCUAGUACAGUUUAUCUCGCCUAUCCUGAUUUACACUAUAGAGGGCUACCGUAUAGGGCACCGGGCUACCUUUAUGAGCCUGCCAUUUGUUAUUCUGGCCGCAACCCAAAUCUGGGGGAUCUGCUUCACCAUCCCAAUAUACGCCAUUUUUCAUGCGCUUGAAGGCCAUGGGUACUGCACUGGAAGGUUUAUCAAACCCGAGGUUGCCAGGUCGCUGGUUCCUUCUCUGAUCCUUGGUUACAUUGUACCAACUAUUCUGCUGUUCACUCUGGCUGAUGGCAUGGCCCGGAAAGCUUUGGCGGCUUUUUGGCAACUCGGACCCCCUCUUGUGCCGAUUUUGACUCGCUUAAUAUCUUCCUUGGUCCUAUGGCGUAGCCGCUGCCGCUCUUCUGAGGAGGCGAAUAAGGAGAAGGGGAAGGAUGGUGAAUAUGAGCGGUACUGCGACGCAGAUGUUCAACUGCUCAACAUUGCGUACGCGUUUGCUUUUACCGUCCAAGCUUCAAUUCACGCCAUUGUCUGCACUUUCGCCUUGACACGCCCCGGGCUCAGCUUUAGCAGCAUCCUCUGGAGCGUGUCCAGCUUUGUUUCUAGCAAGGGACACACCGUGGAGGCAACUGCUCUAUUCCUCAAACAUGCCAUAACUGUGUAUAUUUAUGCUGUCUUUCUUCACUGCGUGUAUUCGAUCUGGAUUUUGCGAGCCCGGGGCUAUGUGGUGACGAGGGAAGCCAUCGCGGCUGUGCUGCUCAUGACUCUUGGCCCGGUCCUCAUCGGCCCCGGAGCUACCUGGACAGGGCUUUGGUGCUGGAGAGAAUCUGUAUUUGCUGGCCUCAACUCCAAAUGA